CAGAAGUCAGAAGAUCCUCCACGUCGUCCCGUACAUUUUUUUAUUCCUCUCUCUCUCUCUCUCUCUCUCUCUCUCUAAAUAUCUCGGUGGCAUAGCUAUUAUUCCUGUAUCUAUAUCCGAAAUUCAGAAAACCUACACACAUAUAAAGAGAAAAUUGUUGAGAGAGAGAGAUAUCACGGUGACAAGGAAAGCAAUUGGGAUGGCUGCGAGCGCGCAUCCGUCGGGGAACAAUCAAGAAGCCUCAGGCCACGCGAAUGGCGCCGCCAGUAACGGCUGUUCCGUGCCCCACGACAACGCCGUCGUGGGGCCCACCCAGGCCGCGCUCCGCCACAACCCCGGCCUCGCCGUCGAAUGGACUGCCGACGAGCAGUCCCUCUUGGAGGAGUUGCUCACCACAUUUGCCUCAGAACACAACAUUGUUCGCUAUGCAAAAGUUGCAAUGCAGUUAAAAGACAAGACAGUUCGGGAUGUGGCACUGCGGUGUAGAUGGCUGACCAAAAAGGAAAACGGAAAGCGAAGAAAAGAGGAUCAUAACUCUUCAAGGAAAAACAAGGACAGAAAGGAAAAAGUUACAGAUCCUUUGUCAAAGUCAGUGUCUCAUGCUGUAAACCGUACAAAUGGUCCUCCAUAUGCACAGUCGAUGCUCUCUAUGGAGAAUGAUGAUGGGAUCUCAUUUACAGCCAUUGGUGGUUUGACAGGACAGCUCCUCGAGGAAAAUGCCCAGGCCUUGGACCAAAUUUAUGCAAACUUUGCAUCUUUUAAGAUACAUGAGAACACCAAUCUUUUCUGCCAAGCUCGAAAUAACAUCCUCGCAAUCUUGAAUGACAUGAAUGACAUGCCAGAGAUAAUGAAGCACAUGCCGCCACUUCCAGUAAAUCUGAAUGAAGAACUUGCUAGCUCCGUCCUCCAUCUGUCACCCUUGCAGAAGAAUUCAUGAUCCCAGCUUCCCCUCCAACUCUUGGUCUGAGGUUGCGAUCUUUUUUCAUAAUAGAAGCAAUAAACUAGCGCAGUUAGUUUAUUGGAGUGCCUAGUGUUUCCACUAUUUUAGAUGCAGGUGAUCAUGUUUUAGUGCUUAACUUUCUUUCUUUGUGUUUUUUCCCCCUAUCUUUUUCACUUGAUUGAACUGUAGGAAGUAGUUUGUAGAGUAUGUGUGAAUACUACUAGUUCAAUAGGCAUCUUGGUUUUGUAAAUGGUUUCAACUAAAUAGCUGUUGGUGUUAGGUUUGUUGUUUCAGUGAAAUAAAUGCACUAAUAAAGCAUGUGCCAAUGCAUUUCCCAAUAUAGCAAACGAUUUCUGAUUGUU